AUGAAAGUAGAAGAAUACAGGCACCAGGUGGGGGGACACUGCAAACUGAUCAAACCGAAAGACUCAUCGAAAGUGUACAAACCGCUUAUAGAAAAUGAAUACAUUUUCUAUAAGAAGUUAACGAACUUUGGAGCGUCUUCCGCGGAGUCGGGGCCGCUACACAUUUUGAAAAAAUUCAUCCCCAAGUUUUAUGGAGUGACUGAAAUCGUCGUUGAGUAUUCCUCCUCGUCCGAGGUGGAGGACAACUUGGUGAACAAACAGAAGGGGAGAAAUGAGCCGACUGGCAAUAAGGGUCGGAAAUAUUUCAGUUUGGACGGGCGAAACGAGGCAGACCAACCGUCAAACCAGCUGAAAAACGAACUGCCAAACCAACUGCCAAACCAAUCGCUAGCCGAAGCGCCUCAGGGAGAACCCGGAAUAGGAGAAAGGGACGCGCAAAGCGACAAGUGCGCCAAGGGGAAGAAGCGAAAGAAGUGCAUCCCGCACAUCGUCUUGGAAGAUCUCGUGUACGGAUUUAAGCGGCCAUGUGUGCUGGACAUCAAAAUGGGGAAAAGGCAAAGAAAAAUAGGUGCGUCCUUAGAAAAAAGAAAAAGACAAGUAGAAAAAAGCUUCAGAACAACUAGCCAUUCUCUCGGAUUUAGACUAUGCGGUUGCCAACAUUACAACAAAAUAAAUGACAAAUUGUUUUAUAAAGAUAAAUACUGGGGUAGAAAUUUAACCAAGGAAAACAUCCCAUGGGCUAUUAGAAAUUGGUUUUGGAAUGGCAUCCUCCUGUACGACGAAUUGAUUCCAUUAUUGCUAGAAAAGUUGCACCGAUUUUUUAACUGCAUAGUGGAGUUACGACAUUACCGCUUCUGGUCUUCUUCCCUCCUCUGGGUUUUUGACGGAGGACUGAAUGACAAAAAAGCGAGAUCAAAUUCGCUAGACAUCCGAAUGAUAGAUUUUGCAAACACCAUUUAUUUACAAGAUAACCCAUCUGUGGAUGAUGAAUAUAUCUUUGGUCUGAAGAACUUAAUUCAUUCCAUGCAGAUCCUAAACAAUACCAUUCAAGGGAUGCAUUUUUUGCCCCAAGAAAUUAGUACUUGUUUUUAUUCUGAAAAUUGCAAACCCAGGGGGAAUUCCUUUCGCCCCAUUUUUAAGAAAUCCAAGUCAGCCAUUUUGGAAGAGAACUUUAAAAAAAAAAAAAAAAAAAAUCUGUACAUAAAUUUUGAAUUUUUAAAAAAUGCCAAAGCGAGGAGAAAAAGUAGUAACGUUUAUUCAAGGCCCAUGCCAGGUGGGCUGUCAACCCAGUUGGAAAUUGGAUCCCCAAAAGGGACGAGCGAUGACGGAUUGGCAUUUCAAUACCUUAACAAAUUUAUGGGGAAAAAAAAAAAAAAGAAAAACUGGAAUCAAGCGCAGUACUUUAGUAACUCCGAUUGCCCUAUCGCGGAUCACAUGUGUCUCUCUCCGUGUAGCAGUCCGGUGGGAAGACUCCACAACGGGGAGAUAUGCUUCAGUGGUUGGUUAGAUGAGGGGCUUCCUGGGAAUGUUCCACACCGAAGUAGGGAAACCCCCCAUUUGAAUAUCCCCCUCUUACCUCUUACCAGUGUCGACCACACAGAUGAUGGCCCAACUUCAGGCAAACAUUCGGAUGGAAGUGAUCUCCAGGAAAAGGCCAAUAUGACCACGUUUAGCGAAAGUGCGAACGGCCUCGUGGGAAAUGACAUACUAGAGUUAGAGGCACCUCAGAUGGGCGACAGCCUAAGGAGUGACCACCACACGGAAGUGCCCUCGAGGGGGAAGGAACCCGUUUCCCCAAUAAAUUCAAAUGGCAAUCCCAAGUGGGCGCACCCCGCAGGUGAAGACGACCUUGUAGACGUGCCGAAAAAAACAACCUUCACAGCUAAACAGAGUGAGACAGAAGAACAAAUGCCAACAAAUAACCCCAUCGAUGAAACAAAAAUUGAAGGAUACGAUGCAGGCCAUAUUGACUGCGACCAUGCCAUCCCUACUAAGCAUGCAACUGAUGGGAGGAAUCGCCAGACAGGAGAAAGCACAACGGAGAAGGAAGAGGUACAAGCAAAUUCCUCUUUAAAAAGUAAGAAUAAAAAUUGCUAUCCCGUAAACACCUCCGAAGAAGAUGCAACAAAUGGAGUGACCCAAAAGGGAGAAAUUCCGCAAAGUGAGGAUUUCCAAAAAUGUAUGAACAAGUCAGGUGAAAAACAGACCAUUGAUGACAAACUAUCGCACAGCAAUGCGCCGCUGCUUCAAACUUGUGAUAAUGUGUCUUCCAUAUCGGGAGAGGGAAAUUCAUUUGGAAAGGGCAACCCUGAGGAGAGGAACGAAAACAAUUCGUAUGAACAAGUCAUACAAGAAGUUAUAGUCAAGACGUUGAAAGUCGCCUCCAGGGGUAGCGAAAGGGAGAAAAGUGCGUCCGCUGGUAUUGCGAAUAAGGAUACUGUAAAUAGGAGCAGCGCGAACAGGAUGGAAGAUGAAGGGAAAGACGAUGGGUGCCCCGACGAGGGUGAUUCAGAGAGACACGAAAAUGCCUCUGCAAUUUUUUGUGAGUCUGGGGGGAAAGGCAGGCCCUACAAGCACGAGUAUAUUUUGUCGAAUGAAGCGGAUGGGAAUGAAGCCGCACAGAAUGGGGAUGAAAGGAGCGAUCGGAAGGGAAGCUACCCGAAGGGAAGUGACGCGGAGGAAAGCGGUGCUGAGAAAAGCGAUGCUGAGGUGGAGGAAAACCGAGCCGGAAAAAAUAAUAAGCAGGGUGACAGGAAAGACACCAAACAAAACCUGGGUGAGAGGGGAUCCCACACAGAGCAGCACACGCAGGGGGGGUUAAACCACGACAUGCUCAAAAAAGGGGAGCAUCCGAUUGGAAGUGAACAGCGACCCAAACUGACAAACGAUUCGCUGAUGAGAGAAACCAAAUGGAAUCUUCUAAGCAGAAAUAUAAACCUCAAAGUGUUCAUCAAUCAUAUGAUUAAGAAAGAAAUUGAGGAGAAAAAGAAGGCACAAGAGUACCUCUACAUCUUAGUCAAGGGGAGAAACGAAGUGGACCUCCGAGCUGUGCGCAGGGAGCACUUCUCCGACAGCAACAGGGAAGCGGCGGGAAUUCCGCGGAAGGCGCAACGGGGGCCCAGAGCGGGCGGGGGUAGAAGAAUGAUCGGAACCAGCAGAAUCGGCGGAGCCAGCAGAACCGGCGGAGGCGCCGGACGGGGAAAGAACCAUGCGAGUGACCCCCCCGUGCAUAACCCCCGCCUCUCGGAAAAGAGCCUCAGCUGCAGCUACAGUUACAGCUACAGUCACGGUCACCGCUACAUCCGCAGCUACCCCCGCAGCUACAGCUCCGACUCGGGCCUGAUUUACAACAGAAGCCUGCAGGGGGGCGACCCGAAGAAGAUGCUAAAAAAGGAAGCGGGGAUUACCAGCAAGCGGUGCAGCUCCUGUACAGACAUCCCCCUGAGAAUAAAAAAAGGAAAAACCAAAAAAAAAAAGAAAAAAAAUAUAAAGAAAAAACUUUUUAAAAAAAUUAACAUCCUAUCGGGAAUGAAAAAUAACAUAAUCAAAUCAUCGCCGAAAAUAAUUUUCUCAAACUAUACGGUUCAUAAUCAUCAUUGUGUGACCCCCCCUAUUGAGUACUCCCCAAAGAGCGAUUCCAUUUGCAGAAUUACAGAUGCUUUUAACGUCUUCACCCCAGAGUAUAGGAGCAACCGCUACGUCCACUCCAUCAUCAGUCAGCGGCACAGUGCACACCAGGUGGAGGACUUACCCAACACACACAUCGAUCGUGCUAUAAAUAACCAAAGAGACUAUAACCCUUUUAGGGAAAAGAACCUGAUAGUCCCCCUGACAGACACGAAUUCCAGUGAGAAGUACCUUCGGAGGUCCCUGUCCGAACCAAAUUUCUACAAAUUUGGCUACUUCAGAUGCAUCCUCAACGACUUUUAUGGCACCAAAAUUAAUUACAGCAGUUUGGUUGCAAACAGGUUAGAUAAGUUGAGUAGGGUCCCCAUUUACAACCAGAUAUAUGGGUUCACGUCCAACUCGAGCGACUUGGAUUCUUCCGAUGCCUCCUGGGGCUACUAA